UGUGAAUAUUUUCGAGUCAUCCACAAAAAGUAGCGGGCGGCAAAAUUGCAGCAGCAGACACACAAUGGCCGUUGAUGUAGUUUUUCGAAAGCUAGUCACCUGCGCGCUGGUCGUAUCGUUGGCUCUGCUGCACCGGGUCUCGUGUGCCAGUUUAUCCAAUAUCGGUGGCAGUGGCGGUGGCGGCGGUGGUAACAGCGAAAGUACCGUUCUCGGUUCGGCCUCGUCAUCGAAGCUGGUCACUCCGACGUUGGGCAGUCUGUAUCGCAGCACCCGGGACGAGUACGGGCGGAAUGGACGGGAGGAACGGUGUGUUAGUUGCGGUGGUGGAGGAGCCUAUGGUGAGCGGGAUAUGAGAACCUACGGAGGACGACCGAGUGGAAUCUAUGGAUACUACGGCGGUCAGGGGUCAAUCCAUGACGAUAGGAACUGGUACUAUCGGCCGGAGUCAUACGAUGGUGGGGCUUACAACCGGGGACGUGAGGGAUACUACGGAAGGCCGAGCUACAUGAAUAUGAUGAUGGGCUAUGAUGAUCGCUACAUGAACCAAAUGAGCACCGUGAACCGUUACGAUGACCGAUACUAUCCGAUGUCGACGCGUGGCUACUAUGACAAUCGUGGCGGAGCCACCGGUGAUCAACGGAUGGGUUACUAUCCAGCUGGGGCGGACAUGGGCAUGCGAACGGGGGGUGGCUAUGGAUACCGCGGUAAUGGCUACGAUAAUCUCGACCCACUAUACGAGCAGUACAUGAUGGCAGCUCGUGGCGGUACUGGGGGCUACAAUCGUGAUCGCUACCAGGGAACGUCCGGUGGAUACGGUGGUGCUGCUGCCGCUGGCGGCUACGAAGAUCGCUACCGUGGAUCGCAUGGAGCGUACGAUCACAAGAACUUCCGGCCGUGGGACGAAACUUACAGCGGAAUUUCCGGUUUUGAUAAUUCUGGACGUGGUUAUUAUUUUGCAAGUCGUCCAUCCUCAUCAUCGUCAUCUGCACCCGCAUCCGGUCAGCAGCAACACCCCUCGGCACCAUCAUCCCACCCUUCAUCCUCGUCAUCAUCGCACCACUACCAGCAACCCGCGGCCCCCGCUGGCCAUGGAGCGCCGACGGGUCCGGCUGGAACGUACUCCAGUGCAGCAAUUGGAUUCCACCACCAGAGCAGUGGACCGGAUCGGCCAGAUAGUCGACCGUGCUGUGCGGAGUGCUGCGGAAAGGGUGGCGAUCACAGCCGGUAUCCACAGUCCGGGCCAACCGGAACCGGUCCCGGGUAUCAUCAGUCUCAGCCCCAUCAUCCCCAGCAGCAGCAGCAUCAGCAGCAGCAGCAGUACGGUGGUGAACGACCCGACGCCCAUGGCCGACCGGGUGCGUGGAAUUAUCUGAGCGGGGGUAGCGCCGGAGGACAGGACUACCAUCAGGGUGCGUCGGCGGCGGGAAGUGCCUCGCAUUCGCAACCGGGGCAGGAUUAUGGGAACCGUGGGGGCUACCAGCAGCAGCAGCACCAGCAGCACCAGCAGCAGCAGAGGCCCGAAGUGAGCGGAGGCGAUCGACAGCAAAACACUGCCUAUGGUUCACGUCCCCGCCCGUCGGGAGGCCUAGGGUCUACCAGUUACCUGAUGGAUCGGGACACCGGCGAUUCCGUCGCAGCCAGCCAGCUACACUCGCCGUCGGAUGGUGAUGCGGCCCUUGGCGGUGGUGCUCCCGGAUCUUCGAGCAGUUCCUCCUCCAACGAUAUCAACAACGAUGGAAACCCCGUCGUCGACGAAAACCCACUGAAGAGCAAUGAAUCCUAGAGACAGAAAGAGCGAGACGACGCAAUGACUAAUGGAAACUUAAUCCCAGGCUAAACGACAAAUGGACUUGAUGAAAAAUGAACCCAAGAUUAAGUUAGUGACGGUGAAAAUGAAAAACUCGAAUAAAUUUAAGAAGAGACGACCAUUUCCUUUGUUCUAAGGACACCCAGCGAGAUAACUUUUACGACAGGGGCGUAACAAAGUGUAUUCUAUUUUCUUCCUAAAAUGCAAUACAUGUGUAUUUCUCUCUAAAUAAAUAUAACGUAACGGCAAGAUUAGUUCUUAAGGUAAGAUGUAUUUAAGUAAAAUGACACAUAGCAAUAAACAAA